AUGACUUCAACUCCUCAACGUAACACACUGCGUAUUGAAGCGGAUGCUCCACCUCUUCGUCAAAUUCACCUGAACCAUCCACUGUUUGCGGGUUCUGCAGGAGGCGAUGACGAUGAAACGCUAGCCAGAAUAAAGGUUUUCGACGGCUACGUAGUUGGAUUCGACUCGUGCUCAAGAGUGGCGCGCUACCGUCUGGUUCUCUCAAUAUUUAAAUGGGACAAAUCCAACCUCCACAGCGGUUUACCGCCUCAUAGUGGCGUGGAGGUGACACUGGGCGUUGAACUGCGAUGCACAGCGGAGGUUGGGCGACGACCUGUGGUGAAAGCUAAGCUCGCCGUGGCAUGGCUGCUUAGUUUGGGGAAAAGUCUCUUUGCCACUCCAGCAUAUCCACUGCCUCAGUACAUUGCACAGUUGCUCAGGACGUCAUUGAUUCUGGACCAAAGCGACACACGCACGACUCGCCAUGGAGUCUGUCUCAGACUGUGUACUUACAACGCGAGAACAGCUUCCACAGACGCUGACCUUCAUGCCCUUCUCGGAGCUGCAGAGCGUAUCAAAUUUCACGUAAUUGCUCUGCAGGAGACCAAUUGCAGAAGGAGCCACGUACGACAGAUGAAUGACGAUCCUCGUGCCAUUCUUCGCCUCCGCCCUCUGCGCCAAAAACCCAUCAGCAUCAUCAACUGCUACUCACCAACAUCAGCAGCUGAUGAAUCGGAAUUGGACGCGUUUUACGAGGAGCUGGAGGAAGUAGUCCGCAACGAGAAGUCCUUCUAA